CCUGUCCUUUUUAUAAAAAUGCUUUAUGGUAUCAUGUCCCAUCCAAAGCCGAAUAAGCUCUUCCUGGUUGAUCUCCACGCCCGCCCAGGCGCCCUCCCUCCCGGACGUGUUCCCUCCCUCCUCCCGGGCCCCCUCCCCUACACGCCGGCUCUGAGAUGAGGAGACAAGUUCGCCCACCGCACUCACACUCCGCUCCGCAGUCGCUGUCUUCUGUUUCGGACCAACUGAGGUGGAGGGGGGACCUCGGAACAGGAGAAGCGUAUUUUAUCAUCUAAGGAAUAACAUCCGAGCCUGGUAACUUUUGGGACUGCUUUGGUGCACGUUCAGGAUGAACAAAGCCGAGAAGGAAAACGAGCCGAGUGAAUUCAGCAGCCACGAAGAAGAGGUCCGAACGCUCUUUGUCAGCGGGCUGCCACUGGACAUCAAGCCACGGGAGCUCUAUCUUCUCUUCAGACCAUUUAAGGGCUAUGAAGGUUCCUUGAUAAAGCUCACCUCCAAACAGCCGGUGGGCUUUGUCAGCUUUGACAGUCGAUCAGAGGCGGAGGCUGCUAAGAAUGCCUUGAACGGGGUCCGCUUUGAUCCCGAGAUCCCGCAGACCCUCCGGCUGGAAUUUGCCAAGGCCAACACCAAGAUGGCCAAGAACAAGCUGGUUGGCACCCCCAACCCUCCUUCAUCCCAGCAGAGCCCCGGCCCACAGUUCAUUAGCAGAGACCCGUAUGAGCUCACAGUGCCCGCUCUCUAUCCCGGCAGCCCAGACGUGUGGGCCUCGUACCCGCUGUACCCGGCGGAGCUGUCGCCGGCCCUCCCACCCGCUUUCACCUACCCCUCCUCGCUCCACGCUCAGAUCCGCUGGCUCCCACCUGCAGAUGGAACUCCUCAGGGAUGGAAGUCGAGGCAGUUCUGCUGAAGUAUGUGUUCCUGAUGUGUGAUGGUGGGCUCGGCCGGCUGUGACGGGCGUCGCUGACUGCCUCUCCGCUCCGGUUUGACCCCUCUGGGAGGAGUGACUCCGGCUGCGGUAGCAGCGAACCGUCGGCCUCAGGACACACCAGACACCCGCCUCCAUCACACAUCGAGAACCCACCCCUCCCUGCCCACUUUUUUUUGUUUUUUUUGUUCUUUUUUUAAAUACCGUUACAGACUCAAGA